AUGCGCGCCUCUUGCGGCUUGCUAAAUAGACCUGCUCGAGGUUAUGGUUGUCGCAGUCAACCCCUUUGCUUUCUUGUUGGCCUCGUUUGUGUUUCUUCUCUGUUGCCCCAAAUCUUCGACCUUCCCCUCUUCUAUUGCGCCAUUUGUCCAUAUUCGCAUCCUUCUGUCAUGGCAGCAGAUCUCUUGCAAAACUCUCCACCUUUGAGCAGACGGUCGAGCAGCAGCUUCGCUUCAUCAUCUACUCCAACCUAUACCUCUUCCCAAGAUGUCUCCGACCUCGACUUCCACCUUUGCUUUGGCGACUCAGCUCACCCCCAACUUGAUGUCGCACCAGUAUCUCCCACAUACUCAUUUCCCGAGACUCCCGUCACACCGUUGCAACCGACGUUCUUCACGGCGUUGGAUAUCCGGACCACUCUCCCAAUCCAAUUCAGUUCCGAGUAUUCGCCUUCCGCGAGCUCCUCUAGUUCAGGCUUCUCUACAUCCGGCUCGGCAAGCUACUCGUACGGCUCAUUCGAGUCCUCAUCAAGCUCUCCAUCGUCUUCCUCGCCGUACUCGUCCGCGAGCUCACCCAUCUACCUCUCUGAUGAUUACGACGAGAAGAUCCCGCUGUCACCGGCAUCUCCAGACCUCCUUUCUCCCGGCGCUAAAGACCUGCUACCCGAGUUUGUACUCGGUGGAACGCUCGCUGUGGAGUUGGUCCUGAGGUUCAUCGUCCCAGCGGACGCUUUCCCGCUGUCAGCCGCGGCGCCGUCCCAGCAUCGCGUAUCAUUCCCGCCCAUCUCUCGCGCGAGAGGUACCUCGCACCGCCUUCGCCUUCGGAUCGAGCACGUCAUCCGCUUUUGCGCGCGCUGGCAGAUGUUGCAUCUACAGCAGCCGCCCAAUGAAGUCUCCAACCAGAUCAUCGCAUCGCCGUUGCAACAGAGUAUUGAUGGACUGGCAUCGCCUUCACACUUGGACAUCGUCCCGCAGUUGAUGCGUUCCGAGGAUAUAUCUAUCGCUGUCGAGGGCUCUGUUUCCUCAAUCAACACGACCCUUACGAUCCUUUCUCGCUCGACCGGUUCGACGAAUAUGUCCACUAUGACUUCUGAGACGAUGGCCGGCGCCCCGAUGGCAAUGGAGCAGGCUCCUCCGCCCGCCGCGCCUUCCGAAUCUGCACCGCCUCCUGCGUCUGGUCCUCCCGCCUACAUGGACGCCCCGCCAGCGGCCGCACCGAUGGCAGCCCCUCCCGCCGCUAUGGCUCCCGAAGCAGCACCGAUGAUGGCUGAGGCUAUGGACACCGUUCCAGCUAUGGAGAUGGCCGAUGCCAUGACGCCCGAGAAACGCAAGGGCCUCCGCGCGCUCCUACGCAAGAACACGAAGCGCAAGCCUAGCGUCGACGCGACGGGUAUGGCGAUGAUGGCCGACUCUUCCGACGCAGCUUCGAGCAUGAUGAGCUCCACGGACGGCGCGUCCAGCAUGGCCACUUCGAUGACUUCGGAAGGUGAGGGCGCCAUGUUGAUGGCAUCAGCAGCGCCCAUGGGUGUCUCCUUGGAUCGCACUCAGACGGGUUCAAGCUCGGCGUCUUCAAACCUCCUCAAGCGCAUCGGCUCCAAACUCAGCGGCUCUCGCUCUCAGCACUCGCACUCCAACAGCCAGGACGAGAACGCUGCUCGAACCGCUCCAUCCGCCAUCACCGCCGCCCUCGUGAAGCUCUUCCGUCGCAAUGGCAAGAACCCUCAGCGCGCCGAGGACGUUGCCCAGAUGAUAUCUACAAUGGCUGCCACCGCCGCACCCGAGGACGUCCCGAUGCUCACGGAGAUGAUGCAGGCUGUGAUGACGCAGCCGGAAGCGAUGAUGGCGGAGGUACAACAGGCGAUGAUGAUGGAGGCGCAAGCGCAGCCGGCGCCCGCCAUGGCAGCACAGGAACCUAGUAUGGCGCCGCAAGCUCCCGCGAGCGAGGUGGCAAUGGCUCAAGCGCCGGCCGCGCCGCCGAUGGCUAUGGCGGAAGCCGCGCCGCCGAUGGCGAUGAUGCCUCAGGAGCCCGCGGCUAUGAUGGCUCCGACGCAACCAUCUGUGUGGGAUGAACCCGCUCAACCUCUGCGCUCUUUGGCACCAGCACCGAUGGCGGAGACGAUGCAGCCGGAGACUAUGGCGCCUGCUGCACCUAUGAUGAUGGCCGCGUUGCAGCCGGAGACCAUGUCUGCCGACGCUCAGGCGGCCCCCACCAUUCCCCCGAUGUUAUCGCCCUCCGCCGCGUUAGCUUUGGUGUCUGGUGCCGUGCGUCCAUCCUCGCAGGCGACUGUGCAGCCUAUGGCUCAGGAGUCGAUGCAGCCGGCCAUGCAGGAGACUAUGCACUCAGCUAUGCCUGCGUCGAUGCAGCCUUCCAUGGCGAUGCACUCCGAAAUGCAGCCCACGAUGGGCGAGUCGAUGCAGUCCACCAUGGCACCCGAGCCGCAAAUGGACGCUUCCCCUCCCAUGUCCAUCGACGUGAACGCGUCGAUGCAGUCUAUGUCGAUCGAGGACGAAUCAGCCGCGCCUCCCUCGCCGCUGACGCCCAAGAUCCCCGACUCUCCUCCGCCUGUCCACGCAGCACCGCCCGACUUGUGGCAACCCAUGAAGAAGCAGCGCAAGCCGGCGCAUCACCAUCACGCACCUGCGGUCGUAAAGACCGUUCGUGCUCCGCCCGCGCCUACCACUCCUCCGCCUCCUCCACCCGUCAUGGCUCAGUGA